AUGGGCUAUCCAGAGUGGCUCUCUUUUGGUUUCAUCGGCUUCGGCGCCGCUUCUGUUAUUAGUGGAACCUAUGUGAGUCUUGCUGGUGUGGUGAAGUUCUACCGAGUGUCUUAUGUUCUCACAACAACCAUCUUGAAAGUUGUGCCCAUCUUGCCCAAGAAUGUCAAGAACUACGAGAAUGCUGCCAACACAUUCAAUAUUUCGUGA